AGCUGAGCUCAUAGGACGGGGCCGUGUUUCUGGGCGGCGGUGUGACUGACUGUCCGUCAGCGGGAACAGGGCGGGUUGGCCGCUCCGCACUCCGACUCCCGCCGCCGCGCUCGCGCUCGCGCUUCCCGCUGUUUCCCGCCCACACAGUCCGCGCGCUGCCUGCGUCCGCGCUGCUCCACGGCUUCAGCGGCGCUUUUAAAAGCAACCAAAAAUGUGCGGAGCGCUGCUCUUUCUCGCCUUCGUGUCCCUCGCCUCCGGCUAUUCCCUGAACAGGAGUGUGGCGAGGUCAUUCCCGGUAUUCACCAGGUUUGUAACAGAUGAACCCAUUGACUUCACAGAAGGUAGUGGAUAUAUUGAUAGCAAUAAGUCUUUUGUGCAUCAUGGAACUGUGAAACAUUACAUCACUGAUGAGGCCAAGCAGUUUCUCACUGGGCCUCUGCUCACCACCUUCAUCCCCUCCAUCUACACUGUGGUGUUCAUUAUCAGCGUCCCACUGAACAUCCUUGCCAUCAUCAUGUUUGUAAUGAAAGUCCGGCCCACCAAGCCAGCUGGGAUUUACAUGAUCAACCUGGCCCUGGCUGACCUGCUGUUCUUGUUACUACUCCCAUUCAAGAUGUCAUAUCACUUCAAUGGCAACAACUGGAUUUACGGACCAGUGCUGUGCCGCAUUGUAACUGCCACCUUCUACUGUAACAUGUAUUGCUCCAUCCUCCUCAUGAUGUGCAUCAGUUUGGACCGCUUCCUGGCAGUUGUGCAUCCCAUCAAGUCUCUCACCUGGCGAAGCCCACUGAAUGCCAGGGUGGCGUGCUGUGUUAUGUGGCUACUGGCGUCUGUCGGGGUGUUGCCCAUCUUUGUGUCUGAGCAGGCUGUCAACCUGCCAGAUCUGGGCAUAAUCACUUGUCACGAUGUGCUGGACAUGGGCGAGCUUCAGGGCUACUACCUGUACUUCUUCCCCAUCUUUUCCUCCGUGUUUUUCUUCAUCCCCCUCAUCAUCGUGGUCUUCUGCUAUGUGCGCAUCAUCCAGGCCCUCAGCACCACCAGCAUAGCCAAUAGCUCAAAGAAGACACGGGCUAUAUUCAUGGCAAUUGCCGUGUUAACAGUCUUUGUGGCCUGCUUCACCCCAACCAACAUCAUCUUGCUCAUCCACUACAUACAGUUUGCCCACAAGCACAGUGACACCUCCUAUGUGGCCUACCUCCUUUCAAUGUGCAUUGGAAGCAUCAGCUGCUGCCUGGACCCACUCAUCUACUACUUUGGAUCAUCUCAGUGCCAGAAACAGGUUGCUGCUAUCUUGCAUUGUAGGUCCACCACGAAGAUCAGGCAGGGCUCACAAUCCAAAAGCACCUGUAGCAGCAAGCUGGACCCUUUGAGCAGUCAGUACACGAAGUUGAUGGUUUGAUUCAACCACAAGAGAUUUCAACUGAUUGUGUUUGCUUUACUUAGGUGUGCUCAGAUUUUUAAGAGGGAAAAUGCAUUUUUAGAAACCACACAACACAUAUGAAUGCUAACAUUAAUAUGUUUUGGUAUGUUACAUUUGUGCCAUUUCAGUAUUAAUUUUGAUAACAUAAGCAGUGAUUCAGACAAUUUACAAACAACAGCAUAAGCAGGAGCUCCUUAGAACUUCUUGGGGGACUAUGAUGAGCAGACAAACGGUAUCUGUUGGACAUGGUAUCUGCUGCCUCACUAGUUUCUAGAUAGAUAGAUAGAUAUACUUUUUUGAUCCCACAAGGGAAAAUAUUAUGUUACAG